GACACUGAUUGUGAAGGCAUUAAAAUACCCAUUGUUUGUCUGUUAGAUAAUCCUUGGUUUUGUGUGCAGUCUUCUGUAUUUCAUAUUGUUAUUAUAGUGUUGUUUCCUUUUGUAGGUGCGGUUAAAGUCUGAACCUACCAAAGCAUUUGCUCUGAAGUGCCUUCGAAAAAAGCACAUAGUAGACACUCGACAACAGGAACACAUCUUCUCAGAGAAAAAAAUUAUGAUGCAGUCCAGAUGUGCCUUUAUAACCAGGCUUUAUAGGACAUUUCGGUGCAGUAAAUAUAUGUACAUGAUGCUUGAAGUGUGCUUGGGAGGUGAACUUUGGACCAUACUUAGAGACAGAAAUUACUUUGAUGACAAUAUCACAAGGUUUUGUACAGCUUGUGUCGUUGAAGCCUUUGACUACCUUCACAGCAGGGAUAUUGUCUACAGAGACCUGAAGCCAGAAAACCUUCUGUUGGACAGCAAGGGAUUUGUCAAAUUGGUCGAUUUUGGCUUUGCAAAAGCAAUAGGGCCAGGUCGCAAGACGUGGACAUUCUGCGGUACUCCAGAAUAUGUGGCACCCGAAAUUAUACUGAAUAGGGGUCAUGAUUUGUCUGCUGACUACUGGUCACUGGGAAUCCUAAUGUUUGAGCUACUCACAGGAAGGUACAGUGUGUACCCUUGCUAUGUAUGCACUAUUCACAUCCAGACUUGAUCACUGUGUGUGUUGUAGCAGUGAAUGCUUGGCCUAAUAUUGGUCAUGGGGAAGGCUGACACCAAAAAUGGUGCAUGCAGUGUGUUGGACAAAGUUGCUCUUCGUAUCAAUGGAAAAUUGGAAUCGUGGUUGAAAAUGUUAACCAGUUACUGCAUACUUUUUACGCACAAUUUGAAUGUGCGUGUACAGAAAUCAGAGAGCCACGUUUUUACUACUCUUCCGUAUUGUUAUACACCGGCUGGCAGUAUAUACUACAUCCUUAAGUAUACAACAUAUAAAUACUAUUAUCUAGAUUCUCAGAAAUGCUCUAGUAAUUUCUACCAGACGUUUCGACUGAACGUGCAGUCCUCUUCAACAGGUGACGAUGACUAUUGAAGGCAGCUCAGAUCAGGCAAUAAAUAUGAAAAGGGGGACAGGCAGUCAGAUGUGUAUAAGUAAAAGAAACACUUCGCUUUGUCCACGCCAUUCAUGUCCUAAAAAGGGGCAUGGUCGCAUGGCUUGAAGUGCCUAAUUGCUACAGUAGAGGUAAAUAGUGCCAUUUUGCGAUUAUUGUUGUUGCCAAACAUAACGUCAUACUCAUCGUGAGGAAGUUAAAUACAUCUUCACUACUUCAGCCAAGUUCUAGUUCAGUGCCUGAGGCUAUUUGUAAUCACAUUUAGAGUGAUAAGUACUAAGUUAAAUAUCCAUGCGUAAUGCAGUUUUUUGUGAAUGAUAUGUUGUGUAUUCCCAAUGUCACCAUCACCAAUACUUGUUUAUAGACAACACAGACCAGGCACCUUUAUUUAUUUAUUCAUUCCGAAGUCUUCACUACUUAUGAAUUUAAGUGUCGCCAGUCUUUUCUGGACAAAUAUCUAUGCUCUGCAGAAUUUUAGUUUCUUUUUGUUGGGUUUUUGCAGUCCCCUACCUCUAUGAGGAUACCAUACAAUGCCUUACUGAGUAGCCGAACAUUCCACACUAAGUAGGUACGUACUAGCGCACUGAGUGUUUAGGACACUGUGAUAGUGCCCAAAGUUACAUCAUUACAAAUGUUUUUGGGGUGUCUGGUUAUCAACCGUGUCGGCGU